UUGUAUCCAUUUGCGGCGGAUCGGCUGGUUACCGACAAGUAGCAAUGAGCUCGUUUCAGGGUCGCAUGCACGAAUACCCCAGCAUCUCCAUCGAUAGGUUUGACAGAGACAACCUACUGGCCAAAGCUUAUUUCUUGUCGCAUUGUCAUAAAGAUCAUAUGAAAGGAUUAAGAGCUCCUGUUCUGAAGCGCCGACUGGAAUGCAGCUUGAAGCUGAAACUUUACUGUUCCCCGGUAACAAAGGAAAUUCUGCUAACAAGUAAGAAGUACAAGUUCUGGGAGAAUUAUAUUAUUGCUAUCGAAGUUGGAACUCCAACACAAAUUUCCUUGGUUGAUGAGGCAACUGGUGAGAAGGAAGAUAUUCUAGUUACCCUUCUACCUGCUGGACACUGCCCAGGAUCAGUCAUGUUCCUGUUUGAAGGUGGAGGUGGCACAGUGCUGUAUACAGGAGAUUUCAGACUGGCCAAGGGAGAAGUUGCUCGUAUGGAAUUAUUGCAUUCAGGUGGCAGGAUCAAAGACAUUCACAGUGUUUACUUGGAUACAACAUUUUGUGAUCCACGAUUUUAUCAAAUCCCAAGCAGGGUGGAAUGCCUGAAUGGGAUCCUGGAGUUGGUGAGAAGUUGGAUCACACUCAGUCCUUACCACGUCGUGUGGUUAAACUGUAAGGCAGCAUACGGAUAUGAAUAUCUCUUCACUAACCUCAGUGAAGAAUUCUCGGUUCAGGUUCAUCUUAACAAGCUGGAUAUGUUUCAUAACAUGCCUGAAAUUCUACAUCAUGUCACCACAGACAGAUCAACGCAGAUUCACGCAUGUAGACACCCCAAGGAUGAGGAUUUUAUUCGUGGAAACCGACUCCCUUGUGGCAUUACAGCAAAAGAUGGGACUCCACUUCGCAUUAUCAGCAUUAAACCCUCCACCAUGUGGUUCGGUGAAAGGACAAAUAAGUCGAGUGUAAUUGUAAGAACUGGAGAGAGUUCAUACAGAGCUUGCUUCUCAUUCCAUUCGUCCUUCAGUGAGGUCAUAGAUUUUCUUUCGCACAUACAGCCCGUGAAUAUUCACCCAAACGUUGUGCCUAUGGGCCGGAGUUUUGAAGAUGUCAAGGAGAUUUUGAAGCCACUGAGGAGGAAGUGCUUAGGAGAUGGUGAGGCCAUGUACAAACCACUGGGCAAGUUGAAAAGAUCAAGGAAUUGUUUUAUCAAGGAGCAAGAUGGAGACUAUGAUGACCUUUUUGAUGAUUCCCAUCUAAUUCCAUUGAAGCAGAGGUUACAGUGUGCUCCACGUUCACAGCUGGAUGAUGAAAACAGGGACCCAUUACAGCAGAGAGAGCAACAUGUCGAUGAAGAGAGUGUAAGUAAACACCCCAUAUAUGUCAAUACGGAGUUCCUAGAGUGUGAAGAGUCAAACGAUGACGAUGACGAAGAUGAAGAGGACGAAGAAGCUGCAACAGUUUACCAGAAAAGGGAGCCGAAUCCCAUUUGGAAGGGAUCAGUCCCCAAUCUCUCAGUGCACUGCUCCUCAGGAGGGAAAGCAGGUGAGACCGAGUCGCCACAGUGGGAUAUGUUCUUCAAAGCAGAAUCUGUUUUGAUAUCAGAAACCGAAGAGGAUUCUGAGCCUCUGAGGGAGCAAGAGGUGGGUUCGCAAUCGCCAAAACUGUUCAGUGAUUCUGAGGAUGGAGAUUCGGUCCACCUUCCCUCUCAAACAUCAUCCCAAUCGACACAUAUAUCUGAACAAGGAAGUCAGGGCAGCCUGGUUGGUGAGCCAAAUCACAUUCCAGAAAAUAGAAUGGGCUCUGGGAAAUUCACCAAAGAGAAACCCCCAUUCAGCACAGCUCUGGAUGCUGAGAAAAGCAACAGCAUCUGGGAUCUUCAGCAACAUCAUCAAUUCCAUCCCGAUCUGUCUGCUGCACUGCUAAACACUGAUCAUUCAAACAGGAGCCAGAAGGGAGAGAGACAACAAAAUUCAGUUCCUGUUUUCAAGUCUGGCUCACAGACAUCCUCAGACUUUGAAAUACCAUCAACGCCAGACUCUGACCUGCCACAGCCAGAGGAAUUAAACAUCCUUUACAAAGAAUUAGCAUCUGGCAAAACCAUGACAAUCAAGGCACCUAAACAGAUAAGUGGUGGUAAAUCCUAGCAGUACAACUGUGGGUACAUCCCAGUGUUGGAGAUGAGAAGCUCUAAACUCCAGAACAAAAGAGAUCCAUAGGAUUGUGAUCAAUUUUCUUUCUACAACUACUGACUGAUGGGGGAAUUCACAAGAUUUUAAGUUUUGUACACUCUCAACUAUUGUUAUUUAUCACAAACGUUUUGUAUUUAUUCAUCAACUUUGGACAAAUAUUUGUUCCCUCAGUUCUGAGAACAGUUCAUGGCCAAUACUACCCAGUAGGAUCAUAUACUACUCCCUCAAUGGGGGACCGCAGCAAAUAAAAGACAUCUGUUCCUUUAUAUAGAAUUGCAUUACAGAACAUUCAUUCCACCAGCGAGUCAAGUCUUAUACUCUUCAUUUGUAUAGUCUUCAAGACAAUGUCAAACUCUAUCUUCUUAUACACAAUUUCUCCUUGUGCUCUGCAAAUAUUGCUUUAGAUUUGUUGAGUCUUCAGCCAGAGGGUGGGGACUCUGUCGAACUCAUUGCUGCAGAGACCAAGUUAUUGAGUGUAUUCAAGGCACAGAUAGAUAGGUUCUUGACUUGUAAGAAGAUCAAAGGUUACAGGGAGACGGCAGGAGAAUGGGGUUGAGAAACACAUCAGCCAGGAUCAAAUAGCAGAGCAGAGUGUGGGCUGAAUGGCCUAAUUCUGCUCUUGUUUAAUGGGUAGUGAGGUGAAGAGAGAGUGAGAGAGAUAUCACAGUUCUUCAUCAGGGGCUGGUGCAAUCAUUUCAGCCAAAUGUUGCAUUUUCCAUUUCCUUACUGGAAUUUAUUUUUGAGACUGGUAAAACCAGCCUGUAUUACCCAUUUCUGGAUUUGCUUUUUUUUUUGAGAGGGCAGACACUUCUUUUUCCUUGGUAGCCUAAACAGCAAUGUAUCAACAAUGACCAAAUGGCAGAGUAAUUCUGCACCUAUAGCUUGAGUAAUGGGGUGGAGGGAGAUAGAGGGAGCUCACUACACCAGAUCCAUGCUGUAGAACAAUUCAAGCAAGUUAAAAGCUAGACCGGGCCAGGCUGGGGCAUUGUCUCAUCUGAAGGCCAGGAAGGUUUGAGAAGGUAGUGAGGUGACAAUAUUCUCCCAUUACCAUUUCAAACCUUUUAGUCAAGAUCCAAUCACUUGAAAUUGUGGUGGCUGUGAUGGAAUUUGGACUAUGUCUCAUCCAGAAACAAAACCUUGGACUCUUUAUGCCCAGUGAUGUUAAAAUCAGCAAUGGACCAACUUGAAACAUUGACAUUUAUUCAUUCUUUGAGCAAACAUGUCGUACAGCACCAGUUUUCAAUUCACAGCUCAGUAUAAAGAGGUAUACAAGACUUGAAACAAUCCUACAAAAGUAAAGAAAAAUAUAUCCAUUUCAACUUUAUUUUCUUGAUAGCCUAAAGCCAGAGGGUCAUCCACCAAUUCCCCUUUUGUUAAAUAGGAGUUUCCACCUUGUAAAAGUUUAAAAAAAAACUUUAAUUUACCAAGUAGAUUGAUUUUAAAAUGUUGCAUCAUUGCACCAAAACAUGACACUCAAGCAGCUUUCAGUUCAAAAGGGUGACUUGUUUUUUGGGCUGGAGUGCAGUAUAUCCUGUCUCCACUGAGGAACUGCUUCAGAUCACCUCAAACUACAGUCAGCUCAUUUAUGAUGGUUUGGACACCUGUAAGUAAGGCAGGAAUCCUCAGCACAAUUAACAUUGCUUAGUGGGAAUCUGGCUAACAAUGUCAUCCAUCCCACUGAGCGAUGACUGACUGAGCAGAGUUUCACUUUUAAAAAUCAGGUUAAAAAAGGCUAACUGCACGGACUAAAACCACCUUUCAACUUCCAUGCUCACACCACAUUCUGGUGCCUUCGUGACAAGCCUUGGACUAAACUGUAACUAGAUUACCGUGAAUCACUGUUUCAUUACCAAUAGGACUGCUACUGAGCUUACACCAAAAACAAAGAUAUAAAUUUCUGGCUGGAAUUUUUUAAACUUGGGUUGUCACAAACUACUAUUGUACCUGGAACUUGCUUUUUACCUGCUCACAAUGUAAUGCUUCUUUGACAUUCCAUGUUUUACUCAAAUUCAGGAUGCAAAUGUAAAUUACUACUGUUUUAAGGAGAGCACUCCCUCAAGCGCAGUAGUUAUGACUUGAAGCAUUUUUUUUUUAAAAAAGCAUCAAAACAAAUCCUCUAAAGACACUCAUUGCAAAAUCUUUGGAUGAAAUCUCAUCAAAGCAACAGUAUCUUUACAGAUUUUCCCUAAAUUGUAUUUA